AUGCAAGAAGAAAGAACAGAUGAAUCUAAAGAAGACUUUGGAUCAGCCUCUGAGAAGUGUAAGGAGAGUGAUGUCUCUGAAACCUUUUCAGAGAAUCACCCUGAGAAGAUAGAUCUAAGAUCAGAAUUUGAAAAUGUGACUGGACCUACCUCCAUGGAGAUAAGUGUAGGUCAAAUGGAGAGUGACCAAGAAAGAAAUGUUAUCUCAAAAUCGUCGGAGCCUAAUGGGGACAAAAAUGUUUCAGCAUAUUCAAAGAAUACUAAAAGUAACAAGUCCAGGAUUCUGGAUCUCCCAGAACAUUCAGAGACUAUUUCUGCUCCUCAGAACAAGAAGCCUGCCAGAGGCAAAAGACAAACUGCUACCAAAGCAAAAAAGGAUAAUACACAAGAAAUCAAGUCCAAUGAUGUUGAAGAUGAGACUGAAUCUGAAACCAGUGGUACAAAUUUGGAAACACAAGAUGACUUCAAGAUGCCUACUCCAAGAACAGAUGACUUGCAAGAUGGUGGACACGAAGGUCCAAGAGGCAGAAGAACAAGGACAUCUCGUAUUUCAACUACAGAGCCUGAGGAACGUGAGAAACAAAAAGGGGCAGACACAAAAGCAAGCCAGAAUGAAGAAGCUAAUAAAACCUGUCAAGAUGAUCAAAAUUCUGCAAAUACAAGAUCAACAAGGAAGAGGAAGAACGUAAGGGAAGAGGUUAAGGGAGAUUCACAAAAAGAAGAGCAAACCGGGAGAUCCAAGCGUGUCAUAAACUUAAGAGGCAAUCAGAAAAAUAAAGAAAGAAACCGCGAACACACUGUGGAAGACGAUUCCCAAAGUAGCUCACUUCCCAAGAGAACACGAAAACCUUCCAAAGAGGAAAAGCCAGAACAAGACAUACCAGAAGUUGGAAAGACUGAGGAAGAUAGCACGGGAAAGCUAACAAGGAGGACACGAAAAGGCUACAAAGAAGAGCAGAAAUUUGAAGAUAAGAAAGGAAGUUUGGGCAGUUCCAACACAACUGAAGCCCAAACAACAAAAAGAACACAAAGAGGUAGUAGGGUACAGGAUAUUGUUGAUGAAGAACCUGUGAAAGAAACAGUCACUAGAAAAAGGAGGAGUUCGAAAUCAGAAGAUGCACACUUAGGAGAAGACCUAAGUAAAAGAUCUGUAAGGACAAGAAGGUUCUCAAAGGAAGAGGUAGUUGAAGAGACCACUACGGAUACCACUAAAAAAAAUACAGCUGUACAAAACACCCCUCGAAAAACAAGGAGAAAUGUGAAAGCAGAUGAAAAAACUGAAAGUGAGCAUGGAGGGGACCUUAAACCAGAUAAGGAGUCUUCACAAUCUGAAAGAUCAUCCUCAAGAACUAGAAGAAAGACCUUAACAGAGGAAAGUGUAAAGCUGAUGGAAAAUGCAGAGGUGGAAGAGGAACUAUGUGUGGGUACAAAAAAGAGAGAAGACGAGACAUCAAGGAAAGGAAGGACAACGAGAACAUCAGCUAAAGAAGAGCUGCCCCAGGUGUCCACCCCUGUGGCUAACAGAAAGAGAGGACAGGCAUUAAAGGCAGAUGUUGAUCUCAAGAGGAAGAAGUCAGAUGAAUCCACAGAAGCUGAAGAAGAAAUACCAGCAGGCAGAAGAGGGAGACCACGAAAAUUGAGUACAACAGAUGACUCUCAAACAAGUGCUGGUGGCAGCAGGGAAAUUUCUACUCCUGAACCAUCCCCAUCCCGCAACACCCGUCAAAGGCAAAGUCCCGGUUUAAAUAAUCUUGCAGAAGUCCGAACUCCGAGACGCACUGGCAGAUUAUCUGCAUCCACUUUGACUACCAGUCCCUACGUUUCCCAGUCUGGAGCACCGCCCAAGGUCUUGUUCACAGGAGUGGUGGAUGCCACGGGUGAAGAAAUAAUCCGCUCGUUGGGUGGAGACAUUGCAGACUCCGUGUUUGAUUGCACUCACCUGGUAACAGACCGUGUUCGAAGAACAGUGAAAUUCCUGUGUGCGCUUGCGAGGGGCAUCCCCAUUGUUACACUGGACUGGAUAGACAAGUGUAAGAAGAGUGGAUGUUUCUUGUCUCAUACAAAAUUUCUGAUAAAGGAUAAGGAACAAGAGAAGAACUUCAACUUUGUACUGUCGCAGUCACUGCAGAAAGCCAAGAAGAGUCCACUGUUUGAGGGAUAUGAAAUUCAUGUCACCCCUAGUGUCAAGCCAGAUCCUGAGUUAAUGAAGGACAUCAUUUGCUGCAGCGGGGCAACUUUCCUUCCAAAGAUGCCCCGGACAUUUAAGGAUAAGUGUGUCAUUGUGUCGUGCCCAGAAGAUGCCCCAAGGUGCAAGUCGGUGCCAUCUAGAAUACCAGUCACUACAGCCGAGUUUAUUCUAAGCGGGAUAUUGCGCCAGGAGGUCAAUCCAAGUUCCUACUUGUUGAGCAGUGAGGUGGAGGACAAUGCACCAGCUCCCGCCAAACGUAGACGCUGA